UUUAUGCAGUGUAGGCCUACGCUCUUCAUAUUUUACUGUCCGAUGUGGCAAUAUAAUCUAGAGAAGCGCACACUCAUGUAUUACAAUGUCGAAUUAGCUUCUUAAUGCACCUCAUUUAAUGAUGCAAUCUGUCUUCUGAUUACCGUUCAUGUGUAAUUUAGAAUUCAUAACGUGGCCUUCAGCGACAAAGCCCUCUAAUCAAUCUCUGAUGGAUUUGUUCUUUGUUUCGUUUAGCUUAUCGGAUGACCCCUCCCUCAGUACGCUGGAGGCCCUGAAAACACGGAUCAGAGAUCUAGAGAAGCAGUUCACACGGGGGGACAGAUUCAAGUGUCUCAUCUGCAUGGACUCCUACACUGUACCUCUGACCUCCAUCCAGUGCUGGCAUGUCCACUGUGAGGAAUGCUGGCUUCGCACCCUGGGAGCAAAGAAACUUUGUCCACAGUGCAACACUAUCACCUCACCCGGGGACCUGAGACGAGUGUAUUUAUGAAGAGUUAUAGCUGUCCUGUCAUCUGCCUGUUUGCACUCUACUCAAACGGAUCACUUUUACCGAGAAGAACCUUUCUGGGCCCAUGCAAAUCUUAAGAGUAUGUCUCGCCCAAAAGAAUCAUUACAAAAGUUCCUGUCGGAAUGCAGCCUGUGUUCAAUUCUCGAUGAAGUGUAAAUCUCUACAAAUAUUGUGCUGCAACAAUAUUGUAAGGACAGUAAAACUGAUCACAAAAAGUUGUUUUAUGUACAAAACCUUGUUUUAUAAAAUAUUGUUAAGUUAUUCUCAUAGAGCGAUCUGUCCUAUAGUUUUGUGAAUGUUUACACUGAAGAACUCUUUUCUAAUUUGGAUCUAGCAGUGUUGAUAUAUUCAAAAUGGUAAACCGUUAACAUUUGCAUCAUUCAUAAACUGUGUUUUGUGUAGAAUGUGCAAAGGAGCAAUGAAUCUUGUACAUUUAUUAUCCAUAGUUAUGUAACUGUAAUUUAAUAGUGAACGGGAUCAUUUAAAUAUGGUUUAAGAUAAAUUAUCAUUUUUGCUGAUACACGUGAUAUAGUAUAAUAGUUUAUUUCAUGCAUUUAAAAAAACAUUAUUGUGCAAAAUCUCAAAGACAAGACACUGAACAUGAUGCAAAAUUAUAAAGCCAUGGAUAAAUAAAAAUAAUUUUUACUACAAGGUUCGGCAACAGAUAUUCUGUGUUAAGUUAGUUCCCUGUAUAUUUUCAAAAUUCUUCAACUUUUAUCUAAGACGCUGUGUAGAUGUAAUUGUCUACAUUCUUGUAAUGAACUACACUGAUAUUUGUAUUGAUAAUAUAUAUUGUACUGUAUGUACAGCAGAGUUGCAUCAAGGAGCUUCCCUGUGUUUAAUUGAUUCCUAAUGCAGUAUAUGGAUGUUGAGGUUGAUCUCUGCUUAUCCUUCACUCCUCCCAAUCCCAAAUGCAAAGCAGAAUAAAAGUCUCCUGACACGGAGUCACUAUAGGCUAUGACAUUAGGACUUAAGGAAUUCAGAACUAACAGAAAAAGAGUUUCCUUUGUGGUAUUUUAGCAAUAGUUUUGUUACUAGACUCUAGUCAAGAUACAACAGGUAACUGAAAGAUUGUAAAGCACUUUUUUGAUAGAACUGAAAUAGAAUGAAACGCAAAACCAGCUUUGUUUUACGAUUAUGUAUUUUGUACAGACUCAUCUGUUUUUCUUUGACAAAAAAAGAACACAAUAAACUAAAGUUAUUGUCUAA